ACUCAUGGCACACACGUCCAAGACAGUUUUGAAGGCCACAUCAACGUGUCGCUUUAACACAACCAACUCUUGUUGCAUCGCACCAGCAAUCGCAUCGCAAGCUUAUCUUCCCCCACCACCCAAUGCCGCGCCGCGCUCAUGCUCAUGCCGCCGUCGCCGCGCACUUGCUGGUGUCGGCGUUCGUUGCGGCGGCGGCGGCGGCGGCGGCGACGUACAAUGUCAUCGACUAUGGCGCGGUGGGCGACGACGGCGGGGUGACGGACAGCGCGCGGGCGUUCGAGGCCGCGUGGGCGGCGGCGUGCGCGGGCGACGCGGCGGCGGCGGCGGCGACGGUGGUCGUGCCGGCGGGCGGGGUGUACCUGGUGUCCAGGGCGAGGUUCGCCGGGCCGUGCCGGAGCGGCGCGGUGGCCGUGAACAUGACGGGCGCCACGGUGGUCGCGCCCGUGCCGUACGCCGGCGUGCAGCUGUGGAUCGUGUUCCAGGACGUGGACGGCGUGUCCGUCGCCGGCGGGACGCUGGACGGCCGCGGCCGCGCGCUCUGGGCGUGCCGGCGCGCACGCCGCCCCGACUGCCCGCCCGCCACGAGGUCGCUGACGAUAUACCGGUCGAGGAACGUGGCGGUGCGCGGGCUGACGUCGCGGGACAGCGCCGGGAUCCACAUCACCGUGCAGGCGAGCGCCGGCGUGGCGAUCGUGGACACGGUGGUGUCGGCGCCGGGGCGCAGCCCCAACACCGACGGCAUCCACAUCAAGCAGUCCACCGGCGUGACCGUCCGCAACGCCGUCAUCGGCACCGGCGACGACUGCGUCUCCAUGGUCGAGGGCUCCUCCGACGUCCUGAUCGAGGCCGUCACUUGCGGCCCCGGCCACGGCAUCAGCAUCGGGAGCCUGGGGGACACGCCGGAGCAGGUGGCGGUGCGGAACAUCACCGUGAAGGGCGCGGCGCUCGCCGGGACGACGAACGGGCUGCGGAUCAAGACGUGGGCGAAGGCGAACGCCGGCGCGGUCGCCGGCGUCUCCUUCUCCGGCGUCGUCAUGCGGAACGUCAGCAACCCGAUCAUCGUCGACCAGAACUACUGCCCCGGCAACGCCAGCUGCCCAACCGAGGGGUCGGGGAUCGAGAUCAGCGGCGUGUCGUACACGGACAUCGAGGGGACGUCGGCGACGGCGACGGCGGUGAGGUUCGACUGCAGCCCGAGCCGGCCGUGCGCCGGGAUCGCCAUGAGGGACGUCCGGCUGAGGUACCAGCCACCGGCGGCGGCGGCGGAGGAGGAGCAGCCGGCGGCGUCGUUCUGCCGGAACGCGCACGGGGUGGCGUUUGGGGACGUCGAUCCACCGAGCUGUCUAACCGAGUAGAGAUCAAAAUGUUGGUUGACUUUUGUCAGAGACGGUUGACUAGCUUCCGUCAAGAUCAAGAAACGUAAAGCGUGACAGUUGCCUGACGAGUCAAUAUUUUAUUACGGGUUGUUACGAAUACAGAAAGAGGAAAAGAAAAACUUUAUAUGGGCCGGCUCAUUUGUGCCCGCCAUUUCUA